AAGACAUAGAUUUGGUUCAGCAGAAUAAUCUUCAAAACCUCAUCACUUUCAUUGGUUUCAGCUUCACAUUACACUGUAGCUGAAAGAACCACCCAAAAUUCUGAUUUAUUCUCUCUUUUGUCCCGGUUGAGUUUCAAUGUAACAACCACAAAGAGCCAAAAUGGAACCAGACAAAAACGAAAGUAACAUGAACAAUAGUAUGAAUGAAAACAAAAAUGGAGGUGAUGGAAACAUUGUAUCAGAUCCGAGAGGAGAGAGGUUUUUCGAUUUUCCAUGCAAAAGAAGCUUAGCUGAGAGAAGAGGUUUCAAUAAAAAUGCAACAAUAACCCCUUUGGUUUCGCUUCCAGCUUGUUCACCGCAUCUCACAAUACCGCCGGGAAUUAGUCCAGCCGCAUUGCUUGACUCCCCCGUCAUGCUUCCUAAUUCUCAGGUCAUGCCGUCUCCCACCACGGGGAGUUUUUCAAUGCUUCAACCUCCAAUGCUCACUUCCAUUACAAAAGACGAAGCAAACAUGGAUAUUUCUACUUCCUCUGAUUUUAAUUCUAAUUCUCUAAAUCAGGGUUGUAAUAAUUAUCACAUGAUGAAUGGAGAGUAUAAAGAAGACCAAAUAUUUGUCCAAGAUCAACUACCAAUAGAUUUUCCAUUCUCAGAAGAUUUUUCAAAUAACUUCUUUAAAAAUAAUGGAUUCCUUUUUCACAAUGAUUUGAAACUGGAAGAUUUGAUGAUUGAUAAUAUUGAUGUACCCAUCUCUCAUUCCGAAGAAGUUAGUGAUGAAAGUAAUCUUCUUGAAAAUUCGAUCCCGGUCGCGGAUGAUAUUGGACGACAACAUGUUUUAGAAGUAGAACAAAAAGAAACAGGUUAUGCAACCGGAACAAAGAACACUGACGAUGGUUAUAACUGGAGAAAAUAUGGACAAAAACAAGUAAAAGGAAGUGAGUUUCCAAGAAGCUACUAUAAAUGUACUCAAUCGACUUGUGAGGUCAAGAAAAAAGUUGAAAGAUCGCAUGAUGGCCAGAUAACUGAGAUUAUUUACAAGGGUAAUCACAACCAUGAGAGACCACAUUCGAAUCGUCGAGGAUCAAUAAUACCUUUGAAUGAUGAGAUUUCAGAAACUGCUGAAGCCAAUGAUAAAGUUAACUCGCGAGAAAAAGAUGUGAACCAUAGUUCCAAGAUGAAGCUUGAAGAUCAAGGAAGGACAUCCCCGCCUUCUUUUACGACCGAGCAUUCAAAUCCUGCGAAGAGAGGUAGAUCAUUAGGUGUGUUUGAAUCAGAUGAAGCCCAAGAGAAUUCUUCUGCACUUGUUAAUCAUGAUGGUAACAAAGAUGGAUCCACUCAAAUGGUUUUACCGAAUGAAGAUAGUGCGGAAGAUGGUGAAUCGGAAUUGAAAAGAAGGAAAAAGGAAAGCUAUCCGGCUGAACACCUGCUGCCUGCGAGAGCUAUUCGUGAGCCGCGAGUGGUAGUCCAAAUCGAGAGUGAAAUCGACAUACUUGAUGAUGGUUAUCGUUGGCGAAAGUACGGGCAAAAGGUUGUCAAAGGGAAUCCAAACCCGAGGAGCUACUACAAAUGCACAAGUGCUGGAUGUAAUGUAAGGAAACAUGUGGAAAGAGCUUCACACAAUCUAAAAUUUGUGAUUACUACUUAUGAGGGAAAACAUAACCAUGAGGUUCCAACUGCUAAGAAUAACAAUCACAUAAACUCAAACGAUUUUGGUUCACAUUCAAGUGGUGCUAAUGGGUUACAUGGGAGUGCUGGUAUCCUAAAGUCGGAAACUCAUCAGCCUAUUGCAUCUCAUUUUGAUAGAAAACCCGAUUUUAGCGAUGAGUUUGUGCGGUCAAGUUUGAUGGGAAGUUUCGCUAAUGAUAUGAAGUUUGGACCUUCCUCCAUGGCCCAAAUGCCGUAUUCUUCCUUGGAUAAUAUUGUACCAUAUGGAUGCUCCUAUGGAACGAAUCUCGAAUGUGGUGUUGCGCCUCAAGUCGGACAUAUGCCCCCGAUUUUCCCAGAAUUUCCAAUGCCGUUGCCAUUGAAUCUUCCUUCAUCUGGAAAUUUUUCUCUAGAUGGAAUUAAUCUCAACUAUGGAAAACCAAUGAAUUAUGUUCAGUCUUACCUUUCAAAUCAACAGAUGAGGGACUUUGAUACAGGACUCCUAAGGCCUAAAGAGGAGUUGAAUGAUGAUGCUUUGUAUACUUCAUGUCCAUCUUCUUUUGAUCAUGCAAGUUCCUCACUGAAUCCACCAUCAACAUCACCACCACAGUCCAUUUAUCAAAGUCUCAUGCAUAACUUCCCUUCAUAAUAUGUUUUUUACAAUAGUUAGAAAAAACAUGUUUUAUUGAUUUUUUUUCUUGUAGUUUUGGAAGAUCUA